AUGGACGUUCACAACAGCGACGACAGUGGAAGCGGUAGCGAGAUGCUGGAGUUGAGCAACCGUGCGAGGAGAAAGCUGCUAAUGCAGCAGAAACAGCAGGUAGAUAAACAGCCGGGAAUGGCUAGUGCAGCCACGCCCACGGAUACUGCUCCUGCCGAGGUGCCCACAAACCUGGACAUGCACUGCGCGGACCGCUCUAGCGACAGCUGGGAACACGACCAGCAGCCCCCGAUGACGGGUCCGUGCAAAGUUGAAUAUUGUCCAACCUGCGGCAUGCCGUUUGAAUACUGCGAGUACUCGGGAGCCGCCUGUGCAAAGCAACCCGACGCGCAGGAAGACCCCAGCAGCCAAGCGUCGGCGUUGCAGCAGAAGGAGCACGAGCAGCAACUUUCAAACGAGCUAGAGGAGAAGGCCGUCAUAAGCGAUGCAAAGCGGGGCGCAGGGAAGAAGGAUGGCGCAAAACCGGUGAGCCGUCAGCUGCUUGUUGAAGGAAUGGAGUCAGUGGGUAGCAAAGUUGCAUAUAGAGGAUAUGGCAUAUCUAAAGUUGUGACUGUCCAGAAACAAGCAAAGCGAAGAGGGAAGUGCGCGACGAACGUGUGGGGCCUUGAACACUUCGGCGUCAAACAGGAACAGGCAGCGAAACUUGCGAGCAAGCAUUUUGCUUGUGGAUCUUCAUUUCAAAAAGGGCAGCCUGGCCAAAUGCCGUUUGUCGAAAUUCAAGGGGACGUUGAGGAGACCAUAGCCGCUUUCCUCCUCAAAAAUUUCGACAUACCCGAAGACAAAAUUGUCUUCCUUGCUGAAAAGUAA